CUCUUAGGUCAAACGCGAUACACUGUAAUGCUUAAACAUGUGGAUUUUACAGUGACGUUAGUCAUGCUGUCGUUUAUUUUCUGAGCGGUUGUGUACAUAAAGACCUUUACAAACUUCAAUACUGGACUGACCCACUGUGUGAUGGUGUAAUGUUAUAUGCCGUCCUUUAGUCUCGAAAUUCAUCAAUUCAUUGUAGGCUAGGUUGCACUCUCAAUGUGGAGGUUGCUUUCCAUCUUCUCGUCAACAAACUCUGGUCUCUGGUCAACAAACACAGACAGAGAUGCUGUGAUCAUAGUGACAAGGAGGAACUACUAGAGACGAGGAGAGGGAGGGAGGAAGUCACCAUGAAAGGCCUGAGUGGCUCCAGAUGCUGCUUCUACAUGGGUUUCUUAGUGGGAACCCUCAGCCUGUACUUCCUGCGCCAGGUGUGGUUCGAUAUGAGCAUGGAGCCCGCUGUGCUGGGAGAGGGCCAGGACAGCUCAGUAGCAGCGUUGUCGAAGGAGAGACAGGCUAGUGACAGUAAUAUCUGGAGGAUGGAAGGAGCAACCCUCAUCAACCUCAACCACCCACACCACACAGGUGAGGACAGUCACGUGGCAGAUGAGCUGUACCGGAAGGUGCGCAUCCUGUGCUGGGUGAUGACUGGUCCCAGUAACCUGCAGACCAAGGCCCGCCACGUAAAGGCCACCUGGAGCCGCCACUGCAACGUGGUGGUCUUCAUGAGCUCUAUCGACGACCCAGACUUCCCCACAGUGGGGCUUGGCACGGGGGAGGGCCGCGACCAGCUUUACUGGAAGACCAUCCGGGCCUUCCACUACGCCCUGGAGCAUCAUGGGAAUGAUGCCGACUGGUUCCUCAAGGCGGACGAUGACACCUUCGUAGUGGUGGACAACCUCCGCUGGGUCCUGUCCAAUCACACGCCCGAGGAGCCCCUCUACUUUGGCAAGCGCUUCAAGCCCUACGCAAAGCAGGGGUACAUGAGUGGCGGAGCAGGAUAUGUGUUGAGUAAAGAAGCUCUCAGGAGGUUCGUGGAGGGGUUCAAGACCAAGGUGUGUACCCAUACCACCUCUGUGGAGGACUUGGCUCUGGGACAGUGUCUGGAGAAGAUGGGUGUUCUGGCUAUGGACUCGAGGGAUACUCUGCAACGGGAGACGUUUCAUCCAUUUGUUCCCGAGCAUCAUCUGACAGGGAAGUUCUCCAAGAGCUUCUGGUACUGGAGCUACUGCUACUACCCCAUCGUAGAGGGUCCCCGGUGCUGCUCAGACCUGGCAGUAUCCUUUCACUAUGUGGAUCCAGAGCUGAUGUACACACUGGAGUACUGGACCUACCACCUCCGUGCCUACGGCUACAGGUACCGCUACAGACCUCCACUACCCCAGGGCCUGGUGGAGCGGCUGGCCCAGACAGAGAGGCCUACAGUGGGUACAGCUGGGAGAGGGAGAACCCCAGCUGGUAUUACUGUUGGUGGUGAUGGAGACCAGUCCAAAGCCGAGUCCGGGGCAAAACCUUUGUCAGACAAAGGUGGGAAGGAGACAUUGGGUAAAAUCCCCAUUGACAACAACAGGACUGAAGUCACACAGGAGAGACAUGGGUGAUUCUCUCUCUAUGGGUUUACAUGUGUUUUUGGAACGGGAAUGUGCAGUGUAUGGACCAGGAUGGGGCAAUUCCACUUAAAUUCAGUCAAUUUAAGUUUACUUCCUGAAUUGACUGAAUUGAAGUGGAAUUGACACAUGAAUAAUGAAAUAAUGAAAAAAUGAUUACCCACAUAGUGCACUUAUGGCCAGUUCCACCACAGUGCAGGUUUAAUUGAUUAUGGGGAUUUUAUAUAUAUAUUUAUCUUUUAAGUGAGUCCAUAUACUGUAAAUCAUUUAACUUGAAAGUCUUAACUGUUUUUAUUUGAUAUCUGUUGCUAUUUAAUAUGAUAUUCUGUUUCAAUUGAAAUAGUAUGCCAUUACUUACCAUUCAUCUAUAUCCAGUACUAGACAGCUUAUUACAUUAUCGAUUUCCAGUACUUGACAGCUUAUUAGGUGUUACGCACGCCUCUUUCGUUACGCUUGAUAACUUGGUACAAUAGGCUGUGAUGCCCUUUGGAAUGUGUAUUGCACCUGUUACUUUUCAGCGCAUAGUUUAAAACUUGCAUUGUAUUUGAGGUUUAAAAAUGCUUUUGAAGUUUUUAAUUUCCACUUUGAAAGUUCAGACUUGAUUUUCCCUUACGCAAAAAUGUAUCAACCCCUACAAAAA